AUGUCGCAAGUGUACAUUGUGGAGUUAGAGGAGAGAUGUUCGCCUGCGCCUUCGACCUCUGGAUCAUCUUCCCAUAGCGGUGCUGGUAGCCCAAUGGGAUCAGAAAGUUCAUCGGCUUCCCCAACACGAAGAAGAGUACACAAAAAGAGGUCUAGUCAGCCGCAUUUUCUUGGGGAGCGCCGGAGAAUAAGGAAAACCCCAGGUAAAGCUUUAUUCGAACCAAGUCUGAAAUUUACCUUCUGGAAAAACUAGUCCCCCUAAAUUACUGCCUCAAAACCAGAGCAAUUUUCUUUUCAGCAUGUAGAGUAAAGCACGCCAAAAAGCUGGCUUCUGCGUCCAAAUUGCGAUUAUGGAAAAAUAAGGUGGUUUGACUUUUCAUUUUUGAGAGGGAGUGUGUGCGAGAUUCUAAUUCUGGUGAUACCAGUGGAAGUUAGAGAGCCAGUAAGCUCAUAGUAUUCAAUUUUAAUUUUGAAACCCAUAGAUUGAAAAGGAGCACAAAAAAAGACUGGAGCAACACGUCAAAAAUCUUGAAAGAUUAGAACGGAGAAGAGAAAUGUUGCAUUCUGGGCAGAGUGAAAUCGCAAUUAUUGUAAGUUUUUUGAAAAUAUCCCAGUAUGAUUUAUAAUUUUUUUUUUCAGUGCGACACCGUCACAGAAAACGCGCGUUCUCUUCGCGCAUCCUAUGAAAGACAGCAGGCUGUUUUAUAUCAAACCUUGAUUGCUACUGCAAUUUCCUCUACAAAUCUUCAGUCCAAUCAAUCCCAAACUUACUACUUCUAUUAG